GGGGAGUGCAGACACAUGAAUUGCCUGCUGGACCACAAAACCGUGGCGCUGGUGGAGUUAGCAGGGGCAGUUGCUUUCCAGUUGUUACUGUCCAGUAGCAAACAGUGUGUCCCUGUUUUAGUGGUGGAAGGUCUCCAGGUUCAAAUUCUGAAGCUGCUGCUGAACAACAACGACAGAGGAGGGGGGGAAGCAUCCAGAUACAUCUUCCUGAACAAAUUCCGCAAGUUUCUUCAGGAAAAUGCUAGCAAUAGAGGGAACUUGACUGUGUUGUGCCCGCCAGAGUACAUGGUGUGCUUCCUGCACCAGCUCAUUGCUGCCCUGCGUUUCUUCUGGGAUGGCCACAAGGCAAAGGCACCUGCUGCGCUGAGCAGUGAAGAUGCCACUAGAAUAUAUGGUAUUUCUGCUGUUCCAAACGCUCGCCGCGGCCUGCGAUGGCGCUGCUCUGCUGCCUUGCGGCACGUUGCGGUGCCUUACGGGCACAAACGGGACUGCAGCUCAGGCGCCGCCCACACGCGCGGGACACCCGGAAGUGAGCUCCACCAGCCGGGGAGGAGACGGAAGGCCCACGCUCUCGCGAGAUCGUGCCACCCAAUCAAAGGUUUCGUUCGUUCCCUUCUUCCGCCCCUCCCAGUGCCGCGCCGCGGUGCCGUCGCAAGGGGGCGCAGUCGGUUCUGGUCGCACGGGUUAUGA